CCAAGAAUCAGAACAUGACAGUGAAGUCCAAGAAUGUCAGAACAGUACAGGUAUCCCCCAAAUGUCAGAACAGUACAGAUAUCCCCCAAAUGUCAGAACAGUACAGAUAUCCCCCAAAUGUCAGGACAGUACAGAUAUCCCCCAAAUGUCAGAACAGUACAGAUAUCCCCCAAAUGUCAGGACAGUACAGAUAUCCCACAAAUGACCCCUUUUUGCAGAGUAGACAGUCCGACGUACUUCAUAAGAGGCAUGGCGAGUUUUUUGAAGUUGUAUUUUUAUGUCAU